AGGCGGGUGCUGGCAGCCCGGGAGGAGGCGCUCGGUCCGGGGCGGGUGGGCCGGGCAUGGCGUCGAUGGCGGCGGCGAUCGCGGCCUCGCGCUCGGCGGUCAUGAGCGGGAACCGGCCGCUGGACGACCGGGAGCGGAAGCGCUUCACCUACUUCUCGUCUUUGAGCCCCAUGGCCAGGAAGAUAAUGCAGGACAAGGAGAAGAUCCGCGAGAAGUACGGGCCCGAGUGGGCGCGGCUACCGCCCGCGCAGCAGGACGAGAUCAUCGACCGCUGCCUGGUGGGGUCGCGCGCCCCGCCGCCCGCCCCCGCGGGGGACGCGGGAGACCCGGCGCGCUUCCCCGGCCUGCGCGGGCCCACGGGCCAGAAGCUGGUGCGCUUCGGCGACGAGGACAUAACUUGGCAAGAUGAGCACUCGGCCCCAUUCUCCUGGGAAACAAGGAGUCAGAUGGAGUUCAGCAUCUCUUCUUUAUCCAUCCAGGAGCCUGGCACGGCCACCAUGGCCAGUGAGCCCAGGCCAGCGGCCAAGACUCCCCAGGGCUCUCAGGCUGUCAAGCCCCCCCAGGGCAGCAGGUCCUCUAGCCUGGAUGCCCUGGGCCCGGCCCGGAAGGAAGAGGAAGCAUCCUUUUGGAAGAUCAAUGCCGAACGCUCUCGGGAGGAUCCUGAGGCAGAGUUCCAGUCUCUGACACCAAGCCAGAUCAAGUCCAUGGAGAAGGGGGAGAAGGUUCUGCCAGCUUGCUACCGCCAGGAAGCCCCCACAAAAGACAGGGAGGCCAGGGCUGCACCCCAAGAGCAGCGAGCCCUUCCCAGUGAGAGCAUGGAGCAAGAGGCACCCCAGCCUGUGCAGGUCCCUGCUAGCUCACUGCCUAAAGCCACCCCCACCAAGCCCCCAGAGAAGCCACCAUCUCCUGCCACCCAGCAAGAUGAAGAGGAUGACACUCUGUUCUCAGAGCCUGCACUGGCACAGGUCAGCUCAAGCAACAUCCUCUUGAAGACUGGGUUUGAUUUUCUGGACAACUGGUAAACAGUGCUCCUCAGAAACACACAGCCAAGAGCCCCAACAUUCGCCACUGUGGCCCACUGAGGAUAAGGGCAGCUGUUUUCUCUACUCUUUUUCUUAGUCUUUUGGGAACUGGGAAAUGUUACCAGGUAUUUCCCUUUUUUGGUAAAGCCAGAUAUAUAUGCUAUUUUCAAGGAUUUGAUAACAGAAGUUUUACAUUUGGGAUUUUUAAGGACUAUCAAGAAUUUAGUAAGUCUUGUAAAAAUAAAACUUCUGUUCCCAGCUCCAUCCCAUUUUCUCCUGUAAGGAAGUUCUCUGACGAGGUGACAGAAGUCUCAAAGACAGUUCCCUCUUCUCUUUGCCGCCUACCCGCCUCUUUCAUGUGGGUUGGGUGACUGCUGGCACGUUCUCAGUUAUGACAACAUUGCUUUUGGCUGUCACUGUGGAAGAUUUGCCCUUAAAAUGCACUUGUCCAGCAUUCUGCCACCCUGUUUCCCCCUCCCAUCCCCCACUCACGAGCAGGAAACAGAUACCUUCUCUACGAGUUUUGACUCUUGUUUAAAGCAGUUGCAUGUUUGUAGUUUUUUUAUAUCAACUUCUCAUUAUUUUAUAUGUAGAUCCAGCAGCUUUUUUAGUUUUGAGUCCCCCCUGCCCCAAACCUGGAACCUCUUGUUAUAACUGACAUGUUUGGUGCCGCAGGCCCAGCCACUACAGGACACAGGGUAGUGACGAUGGGGCUGAAGAACAGGACUUUUCUAAUUCACUGUGUUGGAAACUUCCAACAUGACACUAACAGGCUGUGGCCAUCCUUUAUCCCAGAAACUAGUCAUGAAGGACUCUGCCUCAGCCAAAGGCAAGAGGCUUUCCUAAUGGCCCCAACAGCACCCUCUUUGUGGUCCUGGGAGCUCACAACAGUUGUUUCCCUUGAGCCCACACCGAGGCUAGGUGAUGCAUCUGUUCCUCACCCAGAAUCCAGUGUCCUCUGUCCUUCCCACCGCCCUGCCAUAACCCCUGGAUCACGUGUAACUGCAGGACAGGACAAGCAGAUCUAUGAGCUCUGUGCAGUGUGGUGUGCUCCUCCCUGCCCAUUCUAACCUGAAGCCUUAAUCCCUGUGACCCCACUUACGAGCGCCUGGUUUUAGUACCAAAGGGGCAUCAUCUUCUUACUGCCUGGUCAUAGGACUUUCUGAAAUAUCUUAUGGAAUAUUCUGUCUAGCACUAAGGUAAAGCACAUAGCAACCCCUGACCCCACUCACCCCCAGGAAUAUUUAAGCCAAAGUUGUACUUAGCCAACAUCAGUGUGAUACCUGCCAAUCAGCGUACAGCCCAGACUUCCCUGGUCUCUCGAGCUUGGUUUGCCUUCCUCAUUCUCCACUGUUUGAGAAGAGUUGACCUUUGCAAAGGAAGAAAGACUCCUACUGUGGCAAGAGGGUGGGCAUAGCCCAGGCUGUCACUCACUCUUCAGAGGAGUCCGGCACAGCCCCUGAGUGCCUGCCUUCCACCCCAGUACAGCAGGUUGAGUUCCAUUCUGCACAUUUUCCUUCCCUGUGGGUCUAUGUCUGGUAGUGUUGGCAUUGCAGGGAAGGGAGAAGGUGAUUCGUCCACCCUCUGGACAGAAAUUCUGAUUUUUUUUUUUACCAUGUUCUCAUAAUUUCAUUCCCUUCUGGGUUCCUCCAGUGAGAACAUGGAGAAGGGGCUGAGCACUGGGACCCUCUGGGUGAGGACCCACAGGCUGAUGGCUCUUACAGUGGUGUUUCUUAAGAGGGCCCCUCAGAGCAACUAGGAAAUCACAGGUGGGAAGACCUGGAGGGGUCCUACAGAACCUGCCUGACCUUGGCUUUGUGCCCCCACCCAUCCCUGGGCAGAGUCCCUGCUGAGCUGACUUCUUGACCCCCCCCCCCGGGAAUGCAUGGAAAUGAACCUCUGUUCUCCACCUCCUCCCUCCUCGUGUCAUGGUGGAGUUUUUAAAGCUAGGAGGUUCUGUUUUGUUUUGUUUUGUUUUGUUUUGUUUUUAAAGCUGAAGCCCGUGAAUAAUUUGGGCCCCUACUACACACCCAGGCUCAGUGCCUGGGAGGCAGCUCCAGGGCUCCCUAUCUUGCUUUUGGUGACUGCAUCUGACAGAAAGCUCCCAGGAACCCGGACUCUGUGUCUGGGUUGCCCCUGGGCCCAGCCGCUGGCCCUCUGGGCUGGGAUAUGCUGUUAGGAACAGUGGGGUCUGCCUCCUGGCCAGGUACACCCCUCCUCUCUGUCAGGAGCGGCCUUCUGUUCUUCACACCUUCCUCUCUUUGAUACAGAUUUUCCAAGAUGAUAAAUUCUUACAACUUGUAACUUGGUCAUAUUUUAUACUAUUAGCCUUUAAUAAAGCUGUUUUAAAAAAUGA